AGGAUUUGGAUAGGAUUUUAAUAUGGUUCACUUCCACUGAUUCAUAAAAAAAUCUGUUUGUGAUUGUUUAUUUGUUUUAUUGUUUUUUGAAAUGUCAAAUGUGAAUUCAUCUCUGAUUAAUAUUACCACAGAGCAGCGGUAUCAGGGAACAGAAGAGAGGGUGCUGUUUUCCACUCUCACCGCGCUGCCAUGCUGCGUGUUUCUCUUUCUUAAUGCGACCAUGCUGCGCAGUUUGAGGAGCAAAGCGGUGUUUCGUCAGACCUGUCGGUACCUUCUCCUGUUUAACCUUCUUCUUGCAGACACCAUGCAGAUGAUGCUGAGUCAGCUGCUGCACAUCCUUGCUGUUUGUAGAAUUACUUUGACUUAUCCUCUGUGUGGCUGUCUCACAUCACUUGCCAACCUUAUGACCGUGAUCUCCCCUCUCACACUGGUGAUCAUGUCUUUGGAGAGGUUUGUGGCUGUGUGCUACCCCCUGAGACAUGCCUCCAUUACCUCCAUGAGGAACACAACUGCAGCCAUCAGUGCCAUCUGGACUUUAAGCUCACUUCAUAUACUUACGCAGAACCUUUUACUGGUUGAAUACCCAUUUCACCAACUGCAGAGUCUUCAGAUGGUGGACUUUUGCUCUAUGUUUGCAAUGCUGUUAUGGUCUGGGUCUGAUUACUAUGACAAAUUUUUCACCACUUUUCUGUUUGCAACAGCCGGUAUGGCUGUCAUUUCCACAUAUGUCGGGGUCAUCAUAGCAGCCAGGUCUGCCUCUGCAGACAAAGCUUUAGCCAACAAGGCUCGAAAUACGGUGCUGCUGCAUGUGGUGCAACUGGCACUCAGUGUUUCUGCCACAAUUUUCAUUCCAAUAAUCAUGGCUAUUGCUAGAGUUGUAUCAAGACUGAAUUUUGUGCGCAUUCUGAAUGUAAUGUAUUUGUUUUUUUUACUCCUCCCUAGAUGUCUGAGUUCCCUCAUUUAUGGCAUCAGAGAUCAAACCAUCAGGCCUGUGCUGUUGAACCACCUAUGCUGUCACUGUAAUGUAAAAGCUGUCUGAUAGAGCUGCUCCUAAAGAUAAUCCCACCUUUUUUCUAAUUAAGUAAAAGGGUUAUUCUCCUGGUUGAGACUCUAUAAGCUGUAUGUAUUUACCCUACAAAAAAAUAAAUCUUAGGAAAUAGUCACAUUGAUUUGUCACAGUUAAUAUAAAACUCAGUGAGUUAAUAGUACAUUUUGACAAAGAUCAAACUGUUUCUGUUUUUAUAAGACGUCUUUGUUAUGGCUUAUUUUUUAAUUUGCAAAUUCCAAAAAAAUUGUUAAUAGACAUAAAACAGACUAACAUAUUUUAAAUUGUAUUACAUAAUAUGUUACUUUAUAGAAAGUAAUUAUAUUUUCAGAGGUGCAAUAAAAAUGUCUGAGAUACAAAUACAUUAAUUAAAAACAAUCUUACUUCCUGUUUUUUUU